AUGUUUAGUCGAGUUGUCUCCAAACGAGCUUUACAGACUGCUAGUUUGGCUAUAGGUGGGUAUGCCACGUACGAGUGGACCAAACCGUAUUUCCAAAAUGACGUUCGCGUUACGAGCAAGCUCUCCGCGCGGGUGCCUGAUUUGCCCACCCGUGCAGAACUUUUGGAUAAAAUGGCCAAAACCGAGGAAUUCGACGUUCUCAUCAUCGGAGGCGGUGCCACCGGGACCGGGUCCGCAGUUGACGCGUCCACGCGUGGGCUGAACGUGGCGCUGGUCGAAAUGAACGAUUUUGCAUCCGGAACUUCAUCGAAAUCCACCAAAAUGGCUCAUGGAGGUGUCAGAUACUUGGAAAAAGCGUUUUGGGAACUUUCCAAAGCCCAAUUGGAUUUGGUGAUAGAAGCUCUGAACGAACGUGGCCACAUGCUGGAAACCGCUCCACAUUUGUGUAAGAUUCUUCCCAUCAUGAUCCCCGUUUACAACUACUGGCAAGUACCUUACUUUUACGUUGGUUGCAAGAUGUACGAUUUGUUUGCAGGCUCGCAAAACCUGAAAAGCUCCUACAUGAUGAGCGCCAAACGCGCCUCUGAAGCGGCCCCCAUGCUCGACGCCUCGAUUUUGAAAGCCGGGCUGGUUUAUCACGACGGUUCCUUUAACGAUUCCAGAAUGAAUACCGCUUUGGCCGUAACUGCCAUCGAGCGCGGUGCCACCGUUUUGAACUACGUUGAAAUCACUCAACUGCUGAAAAACAAGGAAACAGGUCAUAUCGAGGGUGCCAUGGCGCGCGACCGUGAGAGCGGAAAGGAGUUUAGCAUUAAGGCCAAAGUUGUUGUAAAUGCAACUGGUCCCUUCAGUGAUCGUCUACUGCAAAUGGAUAACUCGAAAGACGGGCUACCCAGAAACGAUUUGGUCCAAUUUGCUAACGAAGGUCAUGAUUCCAUUGGUUCCCGUAUUGCUGUUUCGAACCCUCGAAUGGUUGUUCCAUCUGCCGGUGUUCACAUUGUAUUGCCCUCAUUCUACUGCCCAAAAGAUAUUGGUUUACUAGAUGCAAAGACCUCAGAUGGCAGAGUUAUGUUCUUUCUGCCAUGGCAGGGCAAAGUUCUUGCCGGUACCACCGAUAUCCCAAUGAAACAAGUUCCCGAAAACCCAACCGCUGCUGAAGCGGAUAUCCAAGAUAUCUUGAAAGAAUUGCAACAUUACAUUAAGUUUCCUGUGAAGCGGGACGACGUUAUGAGUGCAUGGGCAGGUAUCAGACCACUAGUCAGAGACCCUAGGACUUUGAAAGAAACCGAUGACGUGAACUCCACUCAAGGUCUCGUUAGAAACCAUUUUCUAUUCACUUCCGAUAAUGGCCUUGUGACAAUCGCAGGUGGUAAAUGGACUACUUAUAGAGAAAUGGCAGAAGAGACUAUUGAUGAAGUUGUCAAAGUUGGCCAUUUCCAAGCAAAGCCUUGUGUCACUAAAAAAAUUAAACUUGCAGGGGCCGAAGGCUGGGAUCCUAAUUUUGUUGCCUUGCUUGCUCAAAAAUACCACCUUUCAAGCAAGAUGGCGGAACAUCUAGCAAACAACUACGGAACUCGUGCUCCAAUAAUUUGUGAAAUGUUUCAAAAAGAUGAGAGAAACCAAUUACCUGUCACUUUCGGGGGUAGAGAAACAGUCUCUGUCUUCAAGAACGUAAACUUCGACUCGUUCCGUUACCCAUUCACCAUUGGCGAAUUGAAAUACAGUCUUCAGUUCGAGUAUACAAGAACAGCCUUGGACUUUUUGAUGAGAAGAACAAGAUUCGGAUUUCUGGAUGCAAGACAGGCAUUAGAAGCGGUCGACGGGACCGUGAGCGUCAUGGGAGAUGAACUAGGAUGGGACGAGGACAGAAGACAAGCUGAGAGACAAAGAUCCUCCGAUUUCAUCAAGACUUUUGGUGUUUAG